AUGCAGCGGUUAGACGGCUUCCCUCGCAAUGCAUACGACGGCGGCACUGCGGGACGUGGCACUUGUCAAAGCGUUCCUUUGGGAGCUCAAGAGGCUGUGCCCGCCUCUGGGGACAGCGCUGAGUUGAUGUGGACUGCUGCAGCUGCUGCCACACCAGGAGCGAAAGCUGCAACCGCAGAUGCCGAGGUUGCGGAGGAGAUGGACGCUGACGCGUACGACUGCGAGUGCAUGGAGGACUCGAGUAGUGAUAUGAGCGACCCAUUGAUAGAGGAGGACGACGAUUUUUCAGGGGAUGUGAUAAGUUCAGCCUUUGCUAACUGGUGUGCUCACGAGGCGGCCGCGGAACCAGGGGCUGAUCCCCUCGCCUCCUUCUUUUCCCAGCUCGUUUCCUCUCAUUCGCUGACCGAGGGAGCAUUUGGGGGUGUGGCAGAGGCUCCGUCUGACCCACCGAAUGUGCAGCCGAGUCUCUCUGUGUGCACCUCCAACCCAAACCCCAGCCCAGAUAAGGAAUGCCCAAAAGUAGAGGCCUGUAAAGUCUCUGAUGAAGUGGAAAAUAAGGCGGAGGAUGCCACACAGCCGCGGAAACUGCCCGGGGACGGAUGCGACAGGGACUAUAAGGGGGGCAGCGGCCCACGCCGAGUGCAUACACCCAAUCUGGGAGGAACAGUUGCUGAUACUAUCGAACCUGAGUUGCGAGAGUUUUUCAUAGCCUCGCUAAAGCAGACCGACUUUCCUCACAUCCUGGGUAGUCUACGCGGGGCGAUUUUGAGCAAUCCCGAGAUAUUUGGAUUUCAUGAAGUAGAGGACUCCUCCGAUGCAGAGGCAGCGGCUGGGAAGCCUCUCGGGCAGCCGCUUCCUGCUCGCGGUGGGGACUGUAUGUCGGAUGGGCAGGGGAAGCGCGCGGAUGCGGAAGUGCAGGACCAGCAACAACAGGAACAGCGACAGUCGACGGCCUUCGCCGCUGAGCCGCAGGCAGAUGGAGGAGGGGAGAAGAGGGCGGAUGGCCUCGGUUUCUUGGAGAAGAGGGAUGGGGCUGAGUGGCUGUUGCCGCCUGAAGUGUCAGUGUCCGGGGACUUCUGUAGAGUGAAUCCGCGCGUGGCUGUUCGUUGGCUGGUGCAGACGCAGAUGGAAGGUAUGUUGCAGGGUGGGCAGCCGCAGCAGCAGCUGCAACAGCAACAACAGCAGCAACGUACUGUUGCAGAGAGGCUGCCUGCGCGAUUUGAGGCAACGUCAUGGCCCCAACUGGCGUGCUUGGUGCCACCCAAGGCGCUCUGCUGCAAAGUAGGAACUGUAGUAAACCCUGCACGAGAGGAGAUGCAGUUGGCUGCAGCGCGGGUUGCCAAAGGCCUUACCAGUGAACAAACGCAUGCCCUAGCGUACCUCCUACAGGCCUGUGCAGAGAUGCAGCUGGUGUUGUUCAGCAGUCUCCACGUUGCGUCCCUCAACAGUUUUCGACCCGCCAAGGCAAUCGCGGAGAGCGCUGUCCCCCAGUUCCAGCACAUCCUACAACUAGCAGGAGGGGUGCCACAACCCAUACCGUUCCGCCUCACCGCCUCACCGCCACCAGGAUUGGGUGCCGCUGGUGCUGUUGUAGCCCACAAUAGUCAACGCCUACGGGAAGCCUGCGAAGAGGGGGACAAAAUCCUGGCUUUGAGGAAACGCCUGAUCCGUGACUUUCGCAAGCUGCAGAGCGACCCCCCCUUUGGCGUUAGCGGCGCCCCCGUGCAAAAUGAUAUAAUGCGUUGGCAUGCCGUCAUCUUCGGCCCAGAGGACACGCCUUGGGAAGGUGGCACGUUUCAAUUGGAGCUGAAGUUUACUAAUGAUUACCCCAAUAAGCCGCCACACGUCCGAUUCCUCUCGAGGCUCUUCCAUCCAAACGUGUACAAUGACGGGAACAUCUGCCUGGACAUUCUACAAUCGCAGUGGAGUCCCAUAUAUGAUAUUUCUGCUAUUCUGACAUCCAUACAGGCGGGAAUACAAUCGCCGGGUGCAGCAGUGCGCUACCGAGUCUUUGAAGACGGUGGGGGCGGCCGAGGCGGAGGCCCCUGGUACCGCUGCCAGUGGUGCAGUACCGAGUCUUUGAAGACGGUGGGGGCGGCCGAGGCGGAGGCCCCUGGUACCGCUGCCAGUGGUGCAGCAUAUCACCCGUCUGAUGCCCCCAACAGCGCGUCGUCCGCCCCGGCAGCCGUCUCUGACGGGGUCGGGGUGGGGGACAGGGUCGCUCCAGCGGCAGAUGAGCAGCAACAGCAGACUGACAGCGGUCAGCAGCAUGGUAUGGGAGACGGGAGGCAGGGUGGAGGCGCAGCUCCGUAG